AUGUCUAACAAAUUGGAUUUUUCGUUGGAAGAGAUCAUUGCCAGAGAAGGCAUCACAUCUACAAAAGGCAAUCACAAUGAAUGUCACAAAGAGAUAACAAACAAUAAAUUUGACCAAAAUAUUGCCAACAAUGACAAUGUAUUGAAACAUAAAAAUAAUUUUACAGACAAUUUGAUGGCCAAGAAAGUAGUGGCCAAUGGUAACAGAUCGGCCAAAAACAUCCAAUUUAACCAUUCAUGCGGUCGUAUCUUCAUUGAAAAUCUCGAGCACAGUGUCGUUGACGGAGACAUUCAGCAACUUUUUGAAGCUUUCGGUUCACUCAAGAGAUCGGCUCUUAAUUAUGAUCAUAACGGUCGGUCAGCCGGCACUGCGUUUGUUGUGUUUGAACACAAAGCCGACGCCAUUACUGCUGUUAAUAGUCUUAAUAAGAUUACACUCGACGGUCGUGUCUUACAAAUGACAUUAAUUGAUGGCAACAGUUCUUCAUUUCGUCAAAAGUCAGGUCCGCAUCAAUCAAAUCUUAAUGCAAGACUCAAACCACAAUCAAAUGUGUCGACUGUUGGCACCAAAGCUGGCGAUCUUUGGUCUAAUAUAGCUAUGAAUGAAACUAUUGAAAGUUGUGACAAAAAAGUCAUUCCCACUACUGAUGAUGACUUGAAUGUAGAUAUCGACAAAUAUUUGGCCCAAAGAAAUGCUACCAAAUAG